CAGCGGCAGUACUACGCCUGGGGCAGCUGCCAGUGGAGCAAGCUGGGGUGCGGUGGGGGCGGAUCUGGAGAGGUAGAGAUACCAUCUCUGCUCUGGGCCGAAAAGCGUUAUGACUUGGAGGCAAGGAAGUAAAGAAUCUGCUGGGCAAAGGUAGGGUCCAAUCAGAAGCAGUUGGGAAGAACAGAGCUUAUGAUAAUGCAAAGCGUGUGAUUCACCAGAUCCACCAGAUCUUGGCUUCUACCAUGCCCCCUGGCAGAGGAGGAGAACAGUGAGGAGAGUGAUUGGGCACCAGGUUGUAGUUGAAAUUCAUCUUUUGCUUGCACGGCUGGAGAGCAUUGCAGAAUCUGUGAGGGAUACCUAGGUACAGGGCAUGGGCAUCAGAGAAUUCUAUUCGGGGGUAAGUCCAUCCACCAUAACCCUUUCAACAGCAGCCCCUCCAAUAACCCCAUCUCGCUUUACCCUUGUGGACUAUGGAGUAUGUGCACUGUUGUUGGUGGCAUCACUUGCAAUUGGACUGUUCUAUGCACGUCGAGGCAGGGGCCAGGACACAGUCCGCCAGUUCCUGUUGGCUGACCGUAGCAUGGGCUCCCUACCUGUGGCACUAUCUCUACUUGCCACCUUUCAGUCAGCUGUGGCCCUCCUGGGAGUCCCUGCGGAGAUCUACCGUUCUGGCACUGAGUAUUGGUUCCUAGGCUGCUCCUACUUACUAGGUCUGCUGGUGCCUGCCCAUAUCUUCAUACCCAUCUUCUACCGACUGAAUAUCUCCAGUGCUUAUGAGUACCUGGAGCUUCGAUUCACUAAGACUGUGCGACUGUGUGGAACCCUAACCUUCAUCUUUCAGAUGGUGAUCUACAUGGGUGUUGUUCUUUAUGCCCCAGCCUUGGCACUCAAUGCAGUGACAGGCUUCGAUCUGUGGGGCUCAGUGCUCGCUCUAGGCAUUGUGUGUACUAUCUAUACUAGUCUGGGUGGGCUGAAGGCGGUCAUUUGGACAGAUGUGUUCCAGACAGUAGUCAUGUUACUGGGGCAGCUAGCUGUUGUCAUCGUGGGGGCUGCCAAGGUGGGCGGCUUAGGGCAUGUUUGGGAUGUGGCUUCACAGCAUGGCCGUAUCUCUGGGAUUGACCUGAAUCCAGACCCAUUUGUGCGGCACACCUUCUGGAGUCUGUGUUUUGGGGGAGUUUUUAUGAUGCUCUCCUUAUAUGGAGUAAACCAGGCCCAGGUACAGCGCUACCUCAGCUCCCGUAGUGAAAAGACUGCUAUUCUUUCCUGCUACGCUGUAUUUCCCUGCCAGCAGGUGGUACUCAGCAUUGGCUGCCUCAUUGGUCUCGUCAUGUUUGUCUAUGACCUUGACCACCCCCUAGCACCAGAGCAAGCUCAAGUCUCCUCUGACCAGAUGGUCCUAUACUUUGUGAUGGAGGUCCUGGGGGAGCUGCCUGGCUUACCUGGGCUCUUUGUUGCCUGUCUCUUCAGUGGUUCUCUCAGCACUAUCUCCUCAGCUUUCAAUUCACUCGCAACAGUCACGAUAGAAGAUCUUAUCCGACCCCGCUUCCCCAAUAUCUCAGAGAAGCGUGCCACCUUGAUUUCCAAGGUCCUUGCUGUAGUCUAUGGCCUGGUAUGUCUCGGAAUGGCCUAUCUCUCCUCCUUAAUGGGGCCUGUGCUGCAGGCAGCAAUAAGCAUCUUUGGGAUGGUUGGGGGACCUCUGCUUGGACUCUUCUGCCUUGGCUUUUUCUUCCCUUGUGCCAACUCAACUGGUGCAGUGGUGGGUCUGCUGGCUGGACUUAUCAUGGCCUUCUGGAUUGGCAUCGGGACUAUGGUGAGCAGCAUGACCUCAAAUACAGUGCUCCCUCCCCACAAUGGCACUGGCUUCCCCUCAUAUAGAAAUACGACAGAUGUCACUAUGACUACAGUGAUGCCCUCAGCAAUGUCCACGCCCACAGGACUGCAGCGAUUCUACAACCUGUCCUAUUUAUGGUACAGUGCACACAAUUCCACCACAGUUAUUGUUGUGGGACUGCUUGUCAGUUUCCUCACUGGUGGGACAAGGGGCCAGCCCCCAAACCCUCGGACAGUUUACCCAGUGUUGCCACGGCUGUUUGCCCUCCUGCCCAUCUCCUGUCGGAACUGUCUGCCCUGCCGGGACUAUCUCCAAGACCUUUCCUAUAAGACGGAUAAGAUACCAGAGAAGAUAAGCAAUGGAAAGCUGACUGGCUGUGGGGAAGAGGAAAUGGUGGUAGUACCUGAGCAAGGCCACAUCCAGGAGGACCAUGGUUAUGCCUUCAUACUACAGGAGACAUCACUGUGACCUGGGAGCAGAAGAGAAUCCAUUGUCUCUCAUUCUCCCUCUACUACCCAUGAGGCAAACACAUCAACUCUCUCUCCCAGUAAACCAAAAGCAAGCCUGUGUCUAUUCCAGCGGGAUAUCUGAGCCUGGUGACCCAGUAUGCACCAAAGGACCAUCUUUCCACAUGAUGUACCCUACACAAUAGCUGCAGCCAUGAUUUCCUGUCA